CAGCGCUCUAACCGCUCAACAACCACAACAACAACCACGACAACAACAACAACCACAACAACCACCACACACUCCUCGCUGCACCGACCGAAAGGAGCAUGAAGCGACGACCGUGGCGGGCAGCCGUCCCGUCGGACGAGGCGUCGGGCGCCCGUGCGCUCGCGGACGCCACGCGUCGGGGCCAGGUGCGCGCUGCGCGCUUCGUCCUGGACGCCCUCGACGGGCGGCCCGUGAACGCGCGCGGUCCCGAGGGCCACACGCCGCUCAUGCUCGCCGCCCUGCUGCCGGACGCCGCGGCCAGCGCCGCCCUCGUGGAGCUGCUGCUGCGGCGAGGAGCCGACCCGGCGCUCGAGGACCGCUGGGGCGACAGCGCCCUGGUGCAGGCAGCGGCGGCCGGCAACGCGGGGGUGCUGAGGAGCCUCGUGCGCGCGUUCGACCGUCGCGGAAUCGACGUUCACCGACCCAACCGCGAUGGGCAUUCGGCGCUGCAGGUGGCUCGCUGGCUGGGGCACCACGACUGCGUGGCGGUGCUGUCCGCAUGCGGUGGGUCCAGAAGCCACGUGGAGCCCGCGACACAAGUCGAUGCACCGCCGCCUCCUGCUGAUGGGCGAUGGACAACCGCGCUGUCAGCCGACGGGCCGCAUUUCAAGGUCGCGAGACCGGCACGCUGCUACGGGACCCCUUGCCGGGCUCCGUUACCAGACGUCUUGGAGGAACCACUGUCAACAUCGUUUUUUACGCCGCAGACAUCAGCAACAUCAUCAUCAGCAGCAGAUUAUUGCCCAACAACAACAACAUCAUCAUCACCAGAUGCUCGAUGCGGAAACCCCCGUGCCGCGUCGCGACUCUCAAUCUUGCGCCAGCGGCUGAACUCGAUGGACUCCAUCGAGGAGGAGUUUGACGGCGACGACACGCCGACCGGCUCGUGCGGAGAACCCGUCCCGAAGGCCGCGGAGUCCCAGAGCGUCCCCAGGGUCCACGACAACCGCCGUAGCUUCUUGCCCCCGGUGGCUGUUCCCGGAGACGCCUCGAAGCCGCCGGCCGCGAUGGAGCCGCUCGGUGCGAGGUCGCAGAUAGAGGACCACCCACCCUCCAGGUCUCGCCGCAGCUUGCCGGAGGUGCUUCUCCACGGAGAGCAGGCAUCGUCGCUCAAGGCCAGCAAGAACGUCGGGCAGCUGCGGCUGCAAUUCAGCAACUGCCAGGUGGACGACGGCGUGCGGAGAUUCAACGACUGCUACUACCAGAAGCGGAGCAGCCUGCCCUGCAGUAGUAGCCCGCUGGCGGUGGCCGCACCGGCCGACAAGCUCCUGCCGCUACGCAAGGGUAAGAGCCCGGCCACGUUGCUCAACGCGAGGGCGUCUCCCUUGCACGCGCUGGGCACCCGGCUGCUCCGUCGCUUCACGGCACCGGAGUUCGCGAGGCGAGGCGUCGUGCAGGCGCCGGGGGCUUGCGAGCAAAGGGAGCUGGAAGAGGAGGCCACGCCGGGCACGAGCCGCUGCGAGGCCUCGUGCCCGGUGUCUCGCCACAAGCAGCAGGUCAGCAGCCAGCCCAGCGUGGACAGCAUCAGCGGCGUGAAGUGUGAGUUUGACUUCCAGUCCGUGAAGAACUCGAAAGAACCGUGACUUGGUAAAGGGUAACACUGUGAAACGUCCACUGCUUCUGUUUUGGUGAUCGCCUCUUAGUUUCAUAGAUGGCCGCAACGGAGUGUAUUAAACUGUGAAAGUGCUGUUUAGUGUAAGCCUCGCCUUUUGGUACCCCUAUUAGCGUUACGUCUUCGAAAAGUAGAAUUGUCCAACUACUGUAGAAGUAUAAUAUACAAUGAACGGGUUUGUAUCAAUUUUCAUAUUAGCUGAGCACCCAGUGAAUUAUUUCGUAGAUUCAUGUUUUUCUCCACGGUGUGUUGUCACGUCUCGAUGUACUUGUAAAUCCACAGCUGUUUGAGGGGCUCCCCACGCUGUAUGAGUCGCUGUGUGGAGUUGAAUGAGCAUCCUUCACUCCGCCGGUCAGUGUGGAUUCGUCAAGGUGGGGAACGUGGACGUAGUAGGCGCACAGUACAGCGCAAUUAUUGGGCCACGUGGUCAUUUUAUGCCCAAAACGAUUGUCAUUAUAUUUAGAAUCAGAAUCUCUAUUUAUCCAAGAUAAUUCCAAUGAGCUAUGAAGCUCUUUUUUCCACACGUGUCUAGUGUUUAACCCUCCAUCCCCCGACAACAUUAUCACGUUUAUUCAGAUAUGAGUUUUUUUAUCGAUACGUGCCAAUGUGUUGAUGACACUCUGACCAAUAAAGCUCCUCAACGGAGGCUUAAGUCUUUCGAUGACUGAAUUUAACAUCAACACACGGCAGCAUUCACUUCAUUGCUCUGUGCUUUUUCAGUUCAAUGUUCUGCACUGCCCCCUGCUGGCUUGCACGCAGUCCAGCUCUGGAGACCACAAAAGUGCCCACGCGUAUGGCAAUGCGGGCCCGAAUGACAACUGUGCACAGAGAGACGAGUACUCGGACAAAUGAUGUUGCAUUCAGAGCGAGGUGGGAGGCCUUUCACGACUGAAGAAUACACGUGCAUUCGGAGAAGACGUACACGGAGGGUGAAGAAGCAGCGAAGCGUGUAUUUACGGCGGAGUCACGCAGGAUGUGAACGAGAUAUGACAAAGGCAGCGGUUGUCCUGCCCGAGUAAUAUCGAGGAGCGAGCAACGUGAAAUUGAAAGUACACCACACCGAACACACAAUCACGACGCUCAACACACACUUCGCGCCCGAAAGGUUCCCGAUUAUUUACCCGAUAAACGAUGAACGAUCCAGCACUGUUCCUUCUGACUCGAGUCUCUUUAUUAUCUCUGCACGGCCUGCCUGCUAGUCACAAUGUUCCUGCCUGCGAGUGACAAUGUUCCUGCCUGCUAGUCACAAUGUUCCUGCCUGCUAGUCACAAUGUUCCUGCCUGCUAGUCACAAUGUUCCUGCCUGCGAGUCACAAUGUUCCUGCCUGCUAGUCACAAUGUUCCUGCCUGCUAGUCACAAUGUUCCUGCCUGCGAGUCACAAUGUUCCUGCCUGCUAGUCACAAUGUUCCUGCCUGCUAGUCACAAUGUUCCUGCCUGCGAGUGACAAUGUUCCUGCCUGCUAGUCACAAUGUUCCCGCCUGCUAGUCACAAUGUUCCUGCCUGCGAGUGACAAUGUUCCUGCCUGCUAGUCACAAUGUUCCCGCCUGCUAGUCACAAUGUUCCUGCCUGCUAGUCACAAUGUUCCUGCCUGCGAGUGACAAUGUUCCUGCCUGCUAGUCACAAUGUUCCCGCCUGCUAGUCACAAUGUUCCUGCCUGCUAGUCACAAUGUUCCUCCCUGCGAGUGACAAUGUUCCUGCCUGCGAGUCACAAUGUUCCUGCCUGCUAGUCACAAUGUUCCUGCCUGCUAGUCACAAUGUUCCUGCCUGCUAGUCACAAUGUUCCUGCCUGCUAGUCACAAUGUUCCUGCAUGCUAGUCACAAUGUUCCUGCCUGCUAGUCGGAGUAAGGCAAUGCUGGGCGCGCUCGGCUUGUCCUCCGAGUUUCUCACAACACAAGCAGACUGCUGGUGUUGCGAUCGAAACGUCGUACUUUUUUUUGUUAUUUUCUUUGAACCUAUCAACCUGACUUUACCGAAAGACCCAAAGAAUAUGAAUUCCUGCAGUCACGAAAGCUUUAAGUCAAGAUUUGUCAGAUUUACUGCAAUACACCUGUCCUUGGACGGGCUAUAAGCUAGUUACUAUUAAUUUCAGAAUUAUUGAUCAUGAGAGAACACUUUUUCACGUUUUUUUUUGGCAAACGGUUAAAACAGUUAUGCUCAUUGCUUGUGUUGCAAUCGAAACGUCGUGAUUUUUUUUAAUGUUUCACCUACGUGACUUUACCGAAAGAACCAAAGAGUACGGUUAUGCUCAUGUGAGUAGAUUCUGGUAUAAUUGCUCAACAACUUGCAAACUUUAUUUUAAAGUUCAUCCUUAUUAUUUUUAACCACCACUUUUAUAAUAAUAAAAUCGCAUUUCAUUUUAAGUUAUUUUUUUUACUACAUUUGGUAUGAACUUUUCCCCCCAAAAAUGAAAUCACUCAUCGCCUUGCAAAAUGUAUACUCACAUUAUAUACCCACCAGUUAAAACGUGUUGAAUCCUGCAAACGUAAACCAACCGGUCCCCCAUUCAAUCCCAUUAACGGUAUUAGCACUACAAUUCACAGCCCUUUGUACAUCCGCUGCUGGAUAGACUCCCCACUCCGUAUCCUAACACUAGAACCCGAUACGUCGAUUGCACCAGAUAGUCAGUGCAGGUGCAGAGUGGACGUGAUGUGUGGCACAUGGGAACAAUAUGACAUCACGAGUGUUGUGAGCUUUUUUGUUAGUUUCUUUGAACCUAUCUACGUGACUUUACCGAAAGGCCCAAAGAAUAUGAAUUCCUGCAGUCACGAAAGCUUUAAAUCAAGAUUACACGAGUGGUGUUCUUAAAAAAAACAGGCGUAAAAUAAUAGUACGUGAAUUGGCAUGGUUUCUCCCACUAAUUAAAUAAAAAAAAUUGAGAUAUAUUUCAGUCAGUCAUUCCAACUCAACUCGGAAAAUAACAAGAAAUAUACACCUACAUCACUCUCCGCAAAACCAAAAAUGAUAACGAAGAACAUAAAUAUAAAAAAUCGAUUGAAUAAUAAAUUUCACGAAAAAAAUAGCAUUUUCAGGGAACUCACAAAUCGCUCUGAGCUGUCAAGGCGACGUGGAGGCGUUCCUGCUCCACGGGUGGGUGACGCAGCCGCCCGGGGUGUUUCUUGUUUGACCUCGUGUGGCGCCGUGCCACGUGACGUUUCGUUCACGAGGAAAUUCGAUUUCGUUCAUCGCAAAAGUGCCAAUAAUAUGUAAUGUUGCGUUAACGCUAAAUCUUUAUAAGCCAAACGUUUGUAAAUCGAGGGAUACCUGUGCUCGUAUAUACAAUUUAACAUCUCAAUAUAAAAAUAAGCGGACAUUUGUAGUUGUGUAUUAUAAUCAACUAGCUUGUUUGGCCGUCCAAGGACGGGUGUGUAUUGCAGUAAAUCUGAC